UUCGCCUGUUUUCUUCCGCGGGAGGCAAUUGGAGAAUCAUUGGUAGCCCUUUGAUCCCGUUCCGCAGUCCGCGGGGCAUCCUCGUCGAGUUCACGCGCACGCACGUGCAGCCUUGCAUCCGGAUUAUCUGAAAACCGAAACGCGACCGGCUCGAACGUGACCAUCUGACGGAUUCCUGAUCGUCGCGCGGUCGGCUCUAUCUCGACCGGUCAACCAACUCGGACCGCGAGAGAGAAAAAGGAACACGGAGAACCCGAGAACCGAGUGAUAGCACCUAGCUGACUGCUAGAAUCUAGCCGGCGUUUCUCGACGGGCAUCAAACUACGGCCGAGAACUGAUUACAAGUCCCAAGAAAGUGCGAACCAGCAAUUGUACCUGAAAAUAGCACACCUCGUUCGUUCUGUCGUUUUCUUCCAAGUCCAGUCUCUGGUGUCGUUCGUUGAUAGAAAAAUUCUUGUUCGAGUGAUUUCGUUCACGAAUUCCUUUUUACGAGUUUUAACUGGUGCGAUCGUCUAGAUUGAUCUCCGUGUUGAGAUAUACAUUUCUGGAAAUAGAAAUUUCGUCGUGACAGUUGGACAAUUUUUAAUUAGUGGGUGAAACGUUUCGAUUAGAGGGAAAAGCGCGUUAUAUUUGAAAAUGAUUUUUAAUUGAAUACGAUGUUGGUUUUAUGAUCUGAAAAACUGUUUUGACAUUUUUCGAGAUUGGAAAUUCGUAGCUGGAAGAAGAUUCGUGUAUACCAGUGUCAUUCGUCGAGUCACUUACAACGUUCCAGAUGGAACUUGUGCAAAAAAAGUGUAUAUUGUCAAUGUUAUAAGUGGUACUUUAUCCAAAAUACGAAAUUUUUCGAGAUGUCUUCUCAAAGUAAUUCGUUGAACAGAUUUGCCUAAAAAGGCAAGCUCUUAAAUUUCGUAUAGUAUCGUUUCUUCAAAAUAAUUUCCAGAACAGUGGACUUGGAAUGUUCGUUAGACACAUGACAUCUGAAAAUUUAAGAUUAAUCGACAUCGUUGUUAUAUUGAAUUUAUUAACAUCGUCUCAAAGUCAGAGCUGAAUUAAAAUGGUUCAGAGUUUUUUUAACAAAAUCUACUCCUCAAGAUUACCAAAUUUCUUCGAAGUUCUUCAUGGAUUACAAUUCACAUCGAAGUGUUAUGAUCUUCAACAGGCGAAUCUGCUUUCUUCUGACGAGUCGAAAAGAUCCCACAACGGAAACCUUGUUACGCGUGCAGCAACCCCGCGUGUCUAUAUCAUUCUUUCGUCUUAUCCAGCGUGAAAAAAGAUCCGCGGUCCUGCGAUGUCCCUGAAUGCGGCUCUUGAACUUAGCUGCGCAGCGCGCAUCCUUCGCUGGUCGAAAGAUAUUGUUACAAUCGCUCUCGAACAGCGUCGCGUUGCUUCCCGAACGGGUGUCGCGAUGCGAGGGGAUACAGGGGCUGCCGUUUAUCGUCGCCGGGGUAUAUUGAGUAGCGUGCGACCGCUCGGAGAAAACGAGUCCCGUUGCUGCGACCAGCGAAAUUCCACCGGCGAACCCGUCACCAUCGCCAUUUCCAUGGCUCCGUCUUUCUUUUUACUCGCGAGCCGACCACCCCAAUCCGCGGGACACCUGGAGCUCGCGCCAAGUGUAAACGAAUUUUUUUCACGUCACGUAAAUCAAGAGGCUCGUACGUUUCCAACAGUGGAUGAUGAUGAUGUUAAGGGCGAUGGCUCGUGAGUGGUAGGUGUUUAGGUUUGUUAAGGUGGUUGAUGAUAAAGGGGUGUAAGGAAGGGUUGUUGAGUGCUCGGUGGGCUGGGCUCGGUGAUUUUCCCGCGCACUCACCUACGUGGACGGUUGAUUAAAUACGUUAUCCGCUGGAAGAUAUGUAAUUGGAGAAUGUAGUAUGGAAACGAUGACAUCGUCAAUGUGCAAAGAUCGUUAUCAUGGUUCUUCGAGGAGCGUCGAUAAAUACUGUUCGACAGUGUCUCGGCUUAUGAAAAGGUAAAAUAUUUCCUAAACAUCGAACACACCGAUGAAAGUAUUUCUGUCAGUUGACGUGUAAAACGUUUUCAUCUCGUUCCUAAUUUAAAAUUAUACGCGCUCUGUCGUAUGAUUGUCAAAUAAUUUCAAAAGUUCUCAGUCGCAAAACUUCUUUUACGAUUCUCUUUGGUGUUUACUCGCUCGGUUACCGAAUGAAUCUCGGUUCUCUUCAUUCCAAGACGUAACGGUUCAUCGACGCGGGGAUUGUUACAAAAUUCCCGGCAACAAUGCAACCCGGCGAAGACGCGUGAUGGCGAAUACACGCCGCGCGUGUACGCGCACGCCUCGCCGGUCGGCCCGCGUUGACAAACUAAUCCCCGCGUUAUAUCGGGUGAUCGUAAAGCACGCGGUGACAAGCCAACAGCCGCGUAGUAUUUUCGUGGGCGGCUGCGACGAAUUUUCGCGUCGCGUUUCGCCGAUGCCGAGGCUCUCUCUACUCCGAACACAAGGCGCACGUAUACUUACUUGAUACUUCUACAUACUCGUCGUGUAAAAUUUCUCCCUAUGCUGUCCCUCGAAAUCGACCGCUUCACCUUUCAACUCUCUCAUAUGGGAUAUUAAACGCUUUGUACUUUCGAUGAUUGCCUUUGAUCCUCGUGUUGGUUAAAAUUCAGUGCACUGAACGUUUUUAGACGGAAACGGGGACAAUUUGAAAAUAGUGCAGAAAACGUUCCGCGAUCGAUGAAAUUUCAUAUGCAUAUUUAUUAAGUUGAUUAUAAUAUGAAUCGAUGUUGACAUUUCUAUUACCAUGUGAUAAGACCAAGAGGUAAAAUAAUUUUUUCUAGACGAAGUUGCAUUUCGAACAGUUUUUCCAUUUCCAGACACAACCGUUCCAUGCAUGCUUGAUUAUUUCACUCUUUCCACGACAUUAAUUAACAUACUUUUCUCGUUAAUGGAACAACUAUUUUCAUUAAAAUAUACCAACGGCGAGUGAGAGAUCGUAAUCAUUUUCUCUUCGCUAAACCCUCAAUUCCCAGGCACUGAGCCUAGAAUUUUUAACAUCUCGUCAAGUUUAUUUCAAUCUCUUCCUUUCUGGAUUAAAUUACGAGGUCUAUUCGGAAAUCGGUUUCGAAGUGGAUUUCUCGUUGGAAGUAAAAAUACUCGGCCGUAGUAAUUUUCUAAACAACGCGUUGAGUCGAUCAGUGGCGAGACACAGCAACAAGUACGCUGCGUUGGUGGUGUGAAUCGAGUUACAGUUGUUUUCGUUUCCGCGUCAACAGCGACUAUCAUCCACCGGCGAUGAUUAAUUCGUGUAAACGGCGACGAACACCGCGGAAAUUAAAGUUGCAUUAUCCAGGACCCCGAUGCCGGUUAACUCGGCUGUCACGAAGUGUGCUUAACACGGUAACGCGGAUUAACGCGUUCGCCGGAAGCGGCGCGUCUUUCAUGCUUUACGACAAUCGAGGGAACGACGAUAAUUCGAGGAACCUUCUUUCGAUUUUCUUUAAAUCUUCUUCCUAUUCAAUAAUCUCGUCGCUCAUUCCUAGAGUCUGACGAUGAUUGUAAUGUGAAAAUCGUUCAUUUUAAAUAUAAUUGUUACCGUCUCGAAAAAAAAGUGUCAGAACCGUUUGGUGUAGUCUCAAAUCUCUUUUAUGAUGGUUGACGUAUUUUCGAAUCGACUCUGGAUUUCAGGGAAUUUUUAACAGCUGGAGGCAUUUACGAGGAUUAGAAUGUGCUAAUUAAAUUCUUGAAAAGUGGCAUUGUCCCAUCCCGGGUUAGGGUACUUUCCUUCCGGCGACUAUAAUACAGUUCCCACUUUAUUUACUUCAAGUUCGAAACGUACUAUAGGUACCUACCACUGUCGCUGCUCGACGGCAAACUUCAAACAUUACUACUGCCAUCGCACUCCAACUUGAUUUUCCAUAUUGUUUCACGACCCUUCACGAAUCCAUAACACUUGUAACAUCUGGAAAUUUUGAACCGUGUCUUAACAAUACGUGUACACUUUUCGUUCUAUCAUUUCGUUUCAAUGACGAACUCCAGCGCUUUUAUUGAAAGGAUCAUUUAGGUGUUAAAGUUAGUAUGCUGCGAUAGUUUUUCUUCAAUAUUAAUUGCACUUACAAUAGUGACGAAAGACAUGAACUGUCAUAUUUAUAAGAAGUGUUUCAGAAGAUUGUCAGAUUAAUUUCAAUCCUGACAAGUGUGUGAUUCUGUUUUGAGAGUUAAAAAAAACCGUGGGCGAUUCGCUCGGUACUCGGGAGGAGUCGAUUCUCGCGAGAGCUCUUAGUUUCAGGUUAGGAGCCUGCUAGGACGGGUCUCGUACUCUCUUCCUGAGGUCAGCCGUGACGAGACGAGGCGAGGCGAGGGAAAACCGGAGCCAGUGAAGUGUGACCGCGUGUAGUGCGUCCGUCGGUUUUUCUGCCGCGAGUGUGGGUGCGAUGCCGCCGCGAGUAUCACGGCGGGCAGCCUGACGACCGUUUUUGAACGAGGCCCGAACACCUGGUGUCACGAGCCAGGAGCGUACGUCGAUGACUUUGGUGAACUCGGGGAGGACAUCGUGCGAUUACGUGUGACCGUGGGACCAGUGUGUGGUGUGACGGGUCCAGUGUGUUCCGGGACAGUGUCCGGGACUAAGGAACAGGAAGAGACGGUAGCGACGGGCCCGCCGGCCGAGGCGUGCGCCCCAGGAGGCGUCGGCGGCGCCGGGAAACCAAGGGGAACAGUUUUGGGCCCGGCGGAGAAGCUCGAAGCCGUCAAAGUGGCUUCGUCACUGGGCCUCCAGGGGCCUUCAGCGCCGAUCGGGGCCCAGCUACUGGCUACUGCCGGUUCGGAGGAUGCACCGUCCGUGUACCACGCGAAUCUGCUAGCCAGCAGCAACGCGUCCGUGCUCCAGCAGCCCGUUCUAGCGAGCCUGAACACGCCGGCACUGGCCAGCAUGCAGGCCUCUGCGGAGGCCAACGCGCUGGACAUUCAGGCCAUGCAGUCCAUGGACUGGCUGUUCAAGAAGGAGCGCAUAUACCUGCUCGCCCAAUUCUGGCAACAGAGGGCGACAUUGGCGGAAAAGGAAGUUUCUACAUUGAAGGAGCAACUUGCCGCAGCAAAUGAUGCGAAUUCGAAGACUGAGGGACAUAAAUUGUCUCAGACUCCACAGGGAAGUGAUCAGCAGCAGGUACACGAUUCCAGCAAUCCCAGGAGAACACCGAACAACAACCUGGAGCAGGAACUGCAAGCAAAAGACAAAGAGAUCAGCCAGUUGGUUGAGGAAGUGUCCAGGUUACAGCAGAGUCUGCAGCGUCUUCAGGAAACGAGCGCACAGGCGACGGCGCGGCUUGAGGAAGAACUCGAGGCUCGCAGACAGCACAUUAACAGACUGGAGAGUAAACUGGAAAGACAGAGGGACUAUGACGACCUAAAACGCGAGAUAAACGCGCUAAGGUCGGUCGAUCUCUCGCAGAUCCCGACCGGCGAGCCCGGCAAGAGCCUGGAGCACCUUCUAAUGGAACGCUCAAAGGCGCUUCAGCAAACCGAGAGCUUGAAGCCAUCCAGCACUCCGGACGCCCUCGGUGGACUAUCGUCACCCCUGCAGCGCGCCUCCACCGCCUCGCCCCACGGGGUCGGGGGUAUACCGCCUUCGUCCCACGUUUCCCCCCAACAACCACCCCCGCCGCCCCCGGCAGCAGUCUCCAUACCACCGCGUUCCACUCCGACACCGUCUUCGGCCACUUCGACGACGUCCAGCCUCCUCUUCCCACCCCCUCUUCAAAAUGUCGAGACCUUCGGCUCCUUCCUCGGCGAAGAAAUCGUCGCCAACUGGAGGCGGACGUUGGAGAGGUCCAUCAUGAACCAACAACAGCAACAACAACAGCAGCAACAACAACAGCAGCAGCAGCAGCAGCAACAGCAGCAGCAACAGCAGCAGCAACAAUCGACUACGCUGAGUCAGUUGUCGCAGCAACAGUUACAGCAAGCACAGCCAUUGAUCGGUUUACAUCCGCCGACCAGUACCAAUAGUCUGAAUCAUCUUCCAUCGCCAACGGAUCCGUCGUCCAGCUCCAACACGCCAGCAAAAUCGAAUACCCCGUUAGGAACAACGCCGUUGAGUUGUCUUGACGCCGAGAAGGCACCGACACCGGUGUCGGGCCACGAAACGCCCGCACCGCCGACGCCGUCUUCUACAACCGCGUUAACAUCACCGCCAAGCUUUCAACCGCCCACUUCGAUGAUCGAGACGACGACCUCUUCGGCAUCGAUCAAUGGUGGGAGCAUGACGCCUGCCGUCCCGACAGCACCGCCGCCAAAGAGUCCGGCAGACCAAGAAUCGUGUCACAAUAACAAUAACAGCCAUCAUCUGGCUAACAAUAACAUCGGCGGUUUGAGUGUGCUGGACACACUAAAGAGUCCGUUUCGAUUCGAUGAGAGGACGCAUCCGUUUCGAUUCAGCGACGAGUUCGGGGCUGCCGGGAUGGCCGGGAGGCUGGGCGAAUCGCUCAUCCCAAAAGGCGAUCCCAUGGAGGCCAGGCUCCAAGAAAUGCUACGAUACAACAUGGACAAGUACGCCUCGCAGAAUUUGGACACGCUGCACAUAGCUAGGAGGGUCAGGGAGUUGCUGUCGAUACACAACAUCGGUCAAAGGUUGUUUGCCAAAUACAUCCUUGGACUCAGCCAAGGAACCGUUAGCGAGUUGCUGAGCAAACCGAAGCCGUGGGACAAGCUGACGGAAAAAGGCCGCGAUAGCUACAGGAAGAUGCAUGGCUGGGCGUGCGACGAAAACGCUGUUAUGCUACUAAAAUCCCUGAUACCCAAGAAAGAGUAUGUUUCAGGCAAGGAGCAGGGAAUGCCAGCAUUCGCGCGUGCUCCACAGGAAGGUGGCCCGCCGGAAAUGAGUGACGAAAGGUUGGCGCACAUUCUCUCGGAAUCUGGCCAUCUACAGAUGAGGGGAGAGCAGGAGAUGUCGAACGACGCGGACAGUAAGAGUCCGAGCAGAAUCGGUUGCCCGAGCCCCUUUAACAAAGACAGGCUCGACAAUCAAAAUAGGAGACUGAAGAAAUAUGAGAACGAUGACAUUCCACAGGAGAAGGUAGUUAGGAUCUAUCAAGAGGAACUAGCCAAGCUGAUGGGCCGAAGAGUCGAGGAUCUCCGUGGACCGAGAGAGUUUUCCUCCAGCGCGAUGUUUCCGCACUUUUUCAGCGGCGCCCAAGGCGGACUUCAGGGUAUAGAACGUACGCAAGAGGACAUCCGGCUGGCGUUGGAUGCGUACCACCGAGAACUGCAAAAGCUGAAUGCCACGCCGGGCCAGAAUCCAUCGCUCACUGGACUGCCGGGAUUACCCGGUCUGCCCGGUCUCCUGGCUCUUCAGCAACAGGCUCUUCAACAACAUCAAUUGGCGACGAACGGCGGUGGUGGCGUUCAAGAUCUGAGCCUGGGCAAGGUCGAUCCGAGGAACAAAAUAAUAAACGGCGUCACCGAGGAGGAGAAAGAGAAGAUGGAGGAAGCGAUGAGACACGCAGGAAGUGCUUUCUCGUUGGUCAGGCCAAAACAGGAACCAACCACUGCACCCCAGUCAACGCCAGGUGGAUCUAGCGCAAGUUCACCGCUUGGCAACUCGAUUCUUCCACCGGCGAUGACACCUAGCGAAGAGUUCUCGGGUGCCGCGGCGGCCAGUCCUCUUCAGAGGAUGGCCUCUAUCACGAAUAGUCUGAUCAGUCAACCGUCCACGCCUACCCAUCAUCCGGCCAACCAGAGGCCACUCAAAGCAGUACUUCCUCCCAUCACUCAGCAACAGUUCGACAUGUACAAUAACUUGAACACCGAGGAUAUUGUUAAAAGAGUGAAAGAACAGCUAUCUCAGUAUUCCAUCUCCCAACGUUUAUUCGGCGAGUCCGUGCUAGGUCUGUCGCAAGGAUCAGUUUCUGACUUGUUAGCGCGUCCAAAACCGUGGCAUAUGCUGACGCAGAAAGGCCGCGAACCGUUUAUCAGAAUGAAAAUGUUCCUCGAGGACGACAACGCGGUGCACAAAUUAGUUGCCAGCCAAUAUAAGAUCGCACCGGAGAAGCUGAUGAGGACCGGCGGCUACGGUGGCCUGCCUCGUAAGUUUAACUCAGCUUGUGGGACACCUAUGAAACCGAUGCCUCCGACCAAGCUAGUACAAGAACAACUUCAAAACGCAGCGAAGGCUCAGGCUGCCGCGCAGGCGGCCGCCCAGGCGGCAGCGCAACAUCAGGAGAACCAAAUACAACUCGGCCCACCUCAGCAGAGUCCUCAACUUCCGCAACAUCCGCAACCACCGCCGCCGAUGAUGUUAACACCACCGGGUCCCCAUCAUCCUCAUUCGCAACUGAGUAUGCAAGAGCUGCAGAAGAAGCAACAGCAGCAACAGCAACAGCAGAUGAAUCUCCAUUCCCCGCACCCUCAAAUGACCCCGUCGCCUCUACGCGGACUUCAUCCACACAUCUCGCCUAGUGUAUACGAAAUGGCCGCGCUGACGCAGGACCUCGACACCCAGACGAUCACGACGAAGAUCAAAGAAGCGUUACUAGCCAAUAACAUCGGUCAAAAGAUCUUCGGCGAAGCCGUACUCGGACUGUCGCAAGGUUCGGUCAGCGAACUGCUAAGCAAACCGAAACCUUGGCAUAUGCUGAGCAUAAAGGGGCGCGAACCGUUCAUCCGAAUGCAAUUAUGGCUGUCCGAUGCACACAACGUAGACCGAUUGCAGGCGCUAAAGAAUGAGCGCAGAGAAGCGAACAAAAGACGGCGUAGCAGUGGCCCGGGUCACGAUAACAGCUCGGACACGUCAAGCAACGACACGGCGGAGUUCUACCACGCAGCCUCGCCCGGUCCGGGACCGGCUUCUGCUAAAAAGCAACGGGUUCUGUUCUCUGAAGAGCAGAAGGAAGCCCUCAGGCUCGCGUUUGCUCUCGAUCCAUAUCCGAACGUAGCCACCAUCGAAUUCCUCGCCGGCGAGCUGGCGUUAUCCUCGCGAACGAUAACAAACUGGUUUCACAAUCAUCGGAUGAGACUGAAGCAGCACACGCCGCACGGCCAACCAGAACCCCAAUCACCGAGAGAACCCGGCCAACCAUUCGACCCGGUUCAGUUCAGAUUGCUGUUAAACCAAAGACUGUUGGAGAUCCAGAAAGAGAGACUGGGCCUGGGCAACGUACCUCUACCUUACUCCCCGUACUUCAAUCCGAACUUGGCUGCCUUAGUAGGGAACGCGUUGAAGGAACAGUGCUCCGGCCUGGACCUGUCGAUGAACGCGCUGAAGAGGGAGCCGAAUCAGGAGUUUGAGGACGAGGACGUGGAGGACGCAAUGAGCAAUCUGGGCAGCGAAGACUCGGAAGGAUCGGCGGGGAGUAUAAAACGGGAACCAGCGGAGACGCCUACAGCGCCGGCGACUGCCAGAUCGAAUAGGAGAAAACCUGCGGCGCCACAGUGGGUCAAUCCCGAAUGGCAAGAACCGGCUAGAACGGGUGACGAAGUGAUCAUCAACGGUGUUUGUGUGAUGCAAACGGAUGAUUACGGGGUGAAGCGAGAGGCCGAAGAGACGAUUAGGGUAGAACCGACUCCGGUACAGGACAGAUACGAGGAGGACGCGCAGAGCGACGUGUCGUCGGUCUCCGGAAACAACGGCCAGGAUCGGGAUAGCCCUCUUCCCAGUCCGAAGUCUGGACAGAACAGUCCGAUAACAUCGCCGAGGCCGCCUUCCACGCAACAAACGCAGCAGUCGGCCGAAGAAAGUCCCAAAGAGAGCGUGGUGAAACACGAACCGGAGGAAGCGUGGGAUUAUUAGGUAAAUCUCUUAUCGUUCAACCAUGAUGAUGGUGUUUCACAAGAUCGGGGAUAGACUGAAAAGAGAGAAAAGAUAUUGAAAACAUGCCAAAAUGAUGCUGCGAAAGCGUACGGUUCCGUUCUGCUGAGGAUUAUGGCCUAGUUAAGUUCUUAAAAAGGGAAAACCAGUCAUAGGAUUCGGCCAGGCCUGGUCGGUCGAUUCCUGCCUACCACGAGGGCAUUAUCAUAGGGAGGCAAAUACAAAGUAGGAUACGUGAAACGAAACGAUAAACAAAAUAGAAAAGACACACGCACACGCGUACACGGGAUGUGUGCUGAACUGUCAUGUCGGUUAAACCUUCGAAGACUACUACAGCUAGACGCUGCUGAUCAAAGAAGACGGAGCUCAAUCAAAAGGAACUCUUUUUCGUAACACGUUGUAAUCUGUGCGAGAUGGGAUUAGUGUGGUGUGUACGUUCGGCGGAUUCGUAAUAUUAUUAGAAGACUGUGACGCGACGGGACAGCCUGUGGAAUUAAGAAAGAAAAAGAAAGAAAUAAACGGGAAAUAGGCGUUCGUCGCACAUUCGAAAAUAUCUGAAGAAACCCUGGCCGCUUCCGUUUUUAUUUUUCUCAGCGGAUUUCUGGGGUGGGAUCGCAAGGAUGAAAAAAAUAAUCGAACAGUGAAAAGAGGAAACGAUCAGAAAAAAGAAAUUAGCGAACGGAAAUGGUCCGGGUUUAUAGAGUGCAAUCUGUGAGAGUAACCACAAUUGUUAGAUCGAAUUAUUAUUAAUUUUAUCUAAUUACGCGACGAAGAUGAGCGAUUAAUAAUUAUUGCAUAAUUGUGAUUCAUGUUAUAUUGUUUAUAUACUUCUCCUAUCCCAUAGUCGUUAAGCUGUUAAUGUUAUUACACUCCGCUCUCCGACUACGUACCUUUUUUUGUCUGUUCAGUUAUAGGCGCGUCGUCUUUCGUAAAGAAGAAAAGGGAAAAAUAGUAUAAACGAUUAGGAGGAAGAGAAAAAAAACAUGUCCUUUCGCUGUUCCUGCCUUCCUGCUCGUCCAUCGACCCACGGGAGAGCAACCAUUAAUCACUUUAGGAAUUGGUUAACAUUGUUAUCUACAUUCUAUUUUCCUUUUUAAUUAUAUUUCGGCGCACACGUGUGAUUUCCGUUUGCUAUUCCCACAUGGACAAGUGCAACGCAGGAUCAAGCAAAAAUCUGUCCACUUACAAAUAAUUCUUUAUGUCUUUUUUCUAUUUCCAUAGAAGGGAAGAGAAAAAGCGAGAAAGAUAGGUAAUUAUUAUACAAAACGAUCGAUGAUCGAGGUUAUCAGUUACUACCAAUAUUACCGUAUUAUUAGGCUUACGUUAUCGCUGCUAUUUUAUUAUUAUUAUUAUUAUUAUUAUUAUUAUUAUUAUUAUUAUUAUUACGACCUUUAUUAUUAUUAUUCAUAUUAUUAUUAAUUAUAUUAUAUUAUUUUAUUACGACUCGAAUUCUUAUCGCGAUAACGACACGGCUUGUAAAGCCAAUGUGAUAGAGCUUAUAUGCGAUGGCACGGUAAAAAAAAAAGUGGGGAGGGGAAAACGAGAGAACACAGCGAUGUGCGUGGGAGGCUGGUUGGGCCUUCUUUCGUGCGAUGAAAAGUGCGCCGGCAUGUUAAAAAUCGGACGUUAUAAAAGCGUGGCAUCAUGAAAAGCUCGCAUCCACUUGUAAAUAGUUGUACAAAAUGAAGAGAAACGAGAGAGAAGAGAAAAAGGAAAAACUCGAAAACAUGCGAAACAUUACACAUACAUAAACUUGUAUAUUAUACUUAAUUACCACACUUAACUCUGUAAUAGCGGUAUAUUUACACAGAAGUAAGAGCGGGUGCGUACAACGAUCCACUUAACGCCAAGCUUCCAACCAGGCGGUCGAACGACAGUACGGAAUCGAUCAUCGGUGAACAAAUAAGUGAGAGAAAAUCGAAAAUUACCCGGUUUUUAACGAGGGAAAAUAUUAUUAUAUAUAUUAUAUACACACGUGGAAACGCGGCGUUAAGGGUGAUACGCGUUAAAAACACAGAGGAGAAACGUAAUUAAAAGAAUUACCGUACACUAUCGAUGCCUGAGUGGGAGGGAGGAUGUGUACAAGAGGGUGAAUGAGAGCGUGCUGGAGUGUAUGCGUACAACAGGGAGGAGAAAGGGCAAAAGUUAUCUUCGAUAUUACGAAUCAAACUUGUAUUUACCAGAUUAAAUUUUAGUCUUCGAUUAAAUUCUAGUCCGCAAUUUAAACGAACGAUGGCGAAAGGGAACGAAAGAGAACGAGAGGGAUGCUUGAGUGGCAGAGAGAAAAAAGACCGAAUGAAUGAAUGUACGAGAGAGAAUGGUAGAGCGAAUGGGAAAUAAAAAUCUGAUGCGUGAGCGAGACAGCCAACCAGUGAGAGAAACACUUUAAACAAAAAAAGGGCAUUGUUAAUUGAGAGACCAGUGAUCCGACAUUCUUCGUUUCAAUUUAGUUUCUUUUUUUCCUUCGCGAAUUAGUAACCAUCGGGGAAUUAGUGUGAACCGUAUACAAACGCUACUACCAUCUUUCACGCUAACUAUCACUAAUAAUUAUUACCGUCGCCCCUCAUUAUUCUUCACGUUCGAUUAUUAAUAUUAUUAUUACCACUAUUAUUAUUUUAAUUCUUAUUAUUCUUAUUAUCGCUACAACCGCUAUGAUUAUCAUUAAUAUUACGAUUACUAUCAUUAUCACCUAGUACUAUUAUUAUUACGUUUUAUGAAUAUUGUCGCCGUAACUUAAUGAUAUCGACCAGUCGCAUAGGGCUGCCAAAAGAUCGUGAAAGACAAACCGGGAAUCCCAAGGAGAACCAAACGCAAUGACAAUUAUUAAUAUCAAAUCAAUAAACUAAGAAUAAGAAUAUACAUAUGAAGACGUGGGAAGGCGAUUUCGGAUGCGUGCAGUGGUUGUAAAAUGAAUUUCCAGCCCGAUGAGACUGUUCCGACCGUCAAUCUCGUUUGGUUACGAGGCGAAUUCCCACUAGUCGAUCGUCACCGAUCGCGCAGCUGAUCAAAUAAUCGUGUAAUCGGAUCUUCCGGAGACGAUCGGCAACCCUCAUGUACAUCCCUUUUGUUUUCCUUCGCUCCCGUUAAUCUUACAUUUCUCUUUUUCGUGGUCUCUUCAUCGUUUCUUUUCCUCUUAUUUCUUCGAACGUGAGACGCGAGACAUAUAAGUUCUUCUGUAGAUACCGAAUAAGCUCUAGAUAGCAGAUAGCUUUAAUUAUUUAAGCGGUAAACGGUAACUUUCUAAGCGUACGCCCGACUUUCGGGUGAGGAAUUUGUAAUAUAACAGAGUGCGAGAGGUUCGUGCGACGAACGAACGAGCGGAGGUUGCUUAAGGAUCACCGCGAGGAGGGAAAAUCAUAUCGUAAACUUAAUAAUGAAUAUUUUACAGAAGCGACGACAAAAUAAGGGGAAAAGAUAAGUAAUAAGAAAGACACAAAAAAAGGAUAACUGUAGAUAGACGUUGGGAAGCAUAAAGAAAAAAAGCUGAAAUAGUUAUCGAGGCUCUUUAAUAACGCGCCUUACGCGUGAAAUGAUCAAAAAACGAAAAAUAAGGGGAGAACGUAUUUGGGGAGGAUAAGAUAGGACGAGACAAGCGAUGUAUUACAUGCCGAGAAAACAACAUUGUCAUUCAGUAGCGAAAAUAAUUGUAUUAAAAGAGAAGAAACGUGACGAGAAGGUUUACCUAACAUAAUAGUUUAUUGAUUUGUAUUUCAUUUCAAAUUGUAUUAUAGCUUAAAGAUUAUCCUGUACAUUGCAUACACAUACACACGUACACUCAUACACGAGCACUAUUGUUUCAAAUUGUACGUUUAUGAUUAUUAUACGAAGAUAAAAAAGAAAAUAAAUAAGGUAUACAAAGUAUUGAAGACA